UGCACUUGAAGUCAAUGAGAAACAGUUUGGACAUGAUGAGGAGAGAGAGAACAUUGUUGGUGGUACUGCUACUUAUUCUAUUCCACCAUAUUUCUGCUACCAAACAACACCUUUGUCCCCCUUCUUCCUGUGGCUACAUCACCCACAUCACUUAUCCAUUUCGAUUACAAGCCGACCCAGAGAAUUGUGGUGACGAAAGGUACGAACUUGGUUGUGAGAAUAAUGUUACUGUGUUGUAUCUGAACUCUACACAAUACCAUGUUCAAGCAAUCAACUACCACAACUACACCGUCAGAGUGGUUGACCCUGCUCUUCAACACCACAACUGCUCCUCCCUUCCUCUUCGUUCUCUCUCCCGCUCCAAUUUCUCUGAUACUUACACUUACUCCACGGAUCCAUACCAGGCCGGUCUAGAUCCGGAUUGUAAUUGGGAAUAUCUGAGUUUCGAGCAUAUAGUGUUUCUGAACUGUAACCAUUCGGUGAGAGAGAAUGGGAAGUAUGUGGAGAGUGGUGAGUGCGUGAAGUGGGACUCAAAAGGCUAUGCAUAUGCAGUUGGUGGAGACCUAAAAGCUGAGGACUUAGAAGUUGGGUGUUACAUGAAGCUUGUUGCUCCCACAUCGUUCAGGACUUUCAAUAAGCAUUCAUACGCUGCCAUUCACAGGGCUCUCGCCUAUGGAUUUGAGAUCUCUUGGAUAAACCUCGCCUGUCAGAAUCAUUGUCCUCAUGAAUUUUGCUAUUUCAACUCUUCUAGCCAGACGCUUGUUUGCGAUCCAUUUGCGUUCUAUGGUGGAAUACUGGAAGCGAUAUUAGUCUGGUUAACUGGUAUUUCCAUUUAUGCUUCAAUGGUAUGGGCCUACAAAAUUUUUUUUGGAUUGCCAUUCUUAAUUGUGAUUUUCAUAUGUAAAUGGAGGAAAAGACAUACAUCAAUGUAUGAAAAUAUUGAAAAUUACCUUGAACAAAAUCACUUAACACCUAUCAGAUACUCAUACAAGGAAAUUAAGAAGAUGAUUGAAGGUUUCAAAGAAAAGUUAGGUGAAGGAGGAUUUGGCUCUGUGUUUAAGGCAAAGUUAAGGAGCGGGCCUUUUGUGGCAAUCAAAAUGUUAGGUAAAGCCAAAGGAAAUGGACAAGAUUUUACCAAUGAAGUCGCAACUAUUGGAAGAAUACAUCACCAAAAUGUGGUAAAAUUAAUUGGAUUUUGUGUUAGUGGCUCAAAGCGCGCUCUUGUUUAUGAAUUCAUGCCCAAUGGAUCUCUUGAUAAAUUUAUAUUUUCAAGAAAUGAAAAUAUAGAUUUUAGUUAUGAAAAAAUAUAUAAGAUAUCGAUUGGAGUAGCUCGUGGAAUUGCUUAUCUCCAUCAUGGGUGUGAGAUGCAGAUUUUGCAUUUUGAUAUCAAACCCCAUAACAUCUUAUUGGAUGAAAACUUCAUUCCAAAGGUUUCUGACUUUGGAUUAGCAAAGUUAUAUCCAAUAGAUAAUAGUUUCGUCACGAUGACAGCAGUAAGAGGAACCAUUGGAUAUAUGGCUCCAGAAUUGUUUUACACUAAUAUUGGAGGAAUAUCCCACAAAGCUGAUGUUUAUAGUUUCGGAAUGUUAUUGAUGGAGAUGGCAAGCAAGAGGAAGAAUCUAAAUCCCCAUGCAGAACAUUCAAGUCAACUUUAUUUUCCCAUUUGGAUCUAUAAUCAUAUUGGAGAAGAGGAAGAUCUAGAUAUACAAGAUUUGACUGAAGAGGAAAACCUAAUAGUAAAAAAAAUGAUCAUAGUUGCACUUUGGUGUAUACAGUUAAAACCAAAGGAUCGUCCCUCAAUGAAUAGAGUAUUGGAAAUGCUUGAAGGAGACAUUGAAGAUUUAGAAAUACCUCCAAAACCUACAUUAUUUUCUGAUGAAAUGAGUUAGAGGAUCAAACCGUCAGUUCUAUCUAAACAAUUUUGAAAGAAUUCAUCUGGUAUAAAGGAAAUUGCAGGUUGUGGGAAAAAAGAGGUUGAGAAUUCGCAUUGCAUUGGUGAAAAAUAAGAAAAAGGAGCAGCAAGUGAAAUGUUAUAUUUGUUGUUCUUUAAUUAAUGACAAAUAUGUUUGAUGUCCACAA